AUGGCUAAAAGUUCUUUUGAAUAUGUGAAAACCUUUGAGCUCAGCGAUACUUUAUUACCUAACACAUGGAUAGUCGUGAGACUUGACGGAAAAUGUUUUCAUAAAUUUUCCGAGGAUCACAAUUUUACAAAGCCAAAUGAUGUAAGAGCGUUGAAGUUAAUGAAUUACGCUGCUUUUACUGUUUUUCGUGAAUUUAAUGAUUUAUUAAUGGCGUUUGGCCAAAGUGAUGAAUACUCUUUUGUUUUUAAAAAACACUGUACUGUAUACAAAAGGCGCGCUGCAAAACUUGUGUCUACAAUCACUAGCAAAUUUUCUGCAUCGUACGUAUUUUAUUGGAGCAAAUUCUUCGGAGAAGAACAAUUAAAAUAUCCUCCUUCAUUUGAUGGCCGUAUUGUACUAUACCCAAGUGAAGAAAAUUUAAUUGAUUACAUGAAAUGGCGGCAAGCAGAUGUACAUAUAAAUAAUUUAUAUAAUACAACAUUUUGGACUCUUGUUAAAGAGGGAAAGCUUAGCCCUGCACAGGCAGAAAAAAGGUUGUGUGGUACAGUUUCUGGAGAUAAAAAUGAAAUAUUAUUUAAAGAGUUUAAUAUUAAUUAUAAUGAUGAACCAGAAAUAUUUAAAAGGGGAACACUUCUACUAAAAAAGCAUAUAAAUAUGAACGAGUCAUACAAAUGUGUCUCUGUAAUAGUUGAUGUUCAUGAUGAUAUGCUUAAAGAAAAGUUUUGGACAUAUCACAAAGAUUUACUUUUUAUGAAAUCAAAGCAAAACUUUAUUUAUGAUGGACCAAUAACAGAAAUCAUUAGUGAACAAUUGCAAGAAAAAUACAUAAGUAAAUCAGAUAUUAAUAAUAGUUUAUGA